CCCUGCAAAUGCCAUCUCUUUGUUAGAAAGGACUUGGAGCUUAUGAAGAAAUCUCAAGUGGGGGAAACAACGUGGCAAUAUAAUCCAGCAGGGGUACAUGGUAACAAUAACAAAAACCAAUCUAGCCAUUCAGAAGAGGACAGAGGAGAGGAGACAGAAGGAAACAUUUAAAACUCAGAGGAGGAACAACAUGUGACUGUUUGACUGUGAGAGGACGGGAAAAAAACAGGACUUCCAUCUUUUUUUGUGGCUCAUUUUGUGACCGGUUUCAUUUUGUGGCCUCCGUUUGUGCUUCAGGUUUCUGACUUUGUGCUGUGAUGUGGGUCAGCAGCACGGCCCAGCUCUGCAUGUGUGUGAGUAUCUGUGUGGGUGUUUGGCUGCACAGCUCCCUCGGGCUGCCUCCUCAGCACCGUGGGUGGCUGCGGCUGUGGGAGGAAGGUGAGGGCUGCAGGGAGUGCGACGAGCACAUCUGCCCCUCGGUGCCGGACAACUGCCCCGCAGGCCGGGUUCAGGACAGCUGUGGGUGCUGUGACCGGUGUGCCAACGUGGAGGGGCAGCAGUGUGACCCAGACGGGGCUCAGAUCUUCUACGGACGCUGCGGGGAAGGUCUGGUGUGCCAGAGGAAAGUGAGGAAGAAGGGUCGCAGGGCUGAUCCAGAGCCUACAUGUGUGUGUCAGGAGAAAGGUCCUGUGUGUGGCUCAGAUGGGAGGACCUACACAAAUGUUUGCCAGCUGAGAGAGGCUGCCAGCCGCGGUAACACAACCCUAACACACACCGGGAGAGGACCCUGCUACUCUGCUCCCCGAGUCCUCAGAGGUCCCAGAAAUCUGUCCAAUUACACAGGAAAUGACAUCAUCUUUGGCUGUGAGGUGUCAGCAUAUCCUCUUCCUGUCCUGAACUGGAGGAAGACAGGCAGCGACCAGUACUUACCAGGAGAUGAUCCUCACAUCUCUGUCCAGCUUCGAGGUGGACCCCAACGCUACUCUGUCUCCACCUGGCUUCAGAUAGAGGGUGUCCUUGUCUCUGGUAUGGGCGUCUACUCCUGCAUCUCCCACAACACUCUGGGAGAAACGUCUGCUUCGGCACAGCUCACCGUGUCAAGACGAGGGGUGAAGGUGACGAGAGGCUAUUUGGAGGAGAAGGAGCAACACUUUGAUCGUUUAGAGGAAGGCAGUGGUGAUGCACAGCUGGCAUCUGGAGAUUACCUGCCGUUCAUUUAAAUCAGUUUAUAGGAGCAGUCGACAAGGAGGCCUCAGGAAAUAAUGUUUCGGCUAACACAUUGGAUUAGUUAAUAUUAUUCAAAUGAAAAGACGAUGAUUUUCAGCCGAGUUUAUGACAUGAAUAUGUAAUUUAACAUUGCGUCUGCUUAUAUCUACCUUUUAGCUAUAAGACGGCAGAAGAAUAAAUCACUUCUAAAUGGCAAUGUUGAGUAUUUUGAUAUACUCUGCUGCCCUCUUAAAUCUGUCAAAAAGUGUGAGGAAAAUUUACAUCCGAUUUUAAGUGGAAAGUAAAUUUAUGACAUGGCAAACACAGAGAGAAGUCACCCCUAAAGUAAAGCCUCUAUCAUUUCCUCCUGCUUUCACCACUCCACCCACAGAACAUC